GUGGAAAUUCAGAAAGUUCACUGAAAAAUCGUUCUGCUUUCUGUAGUGAUAAGCUAGAUGAAUACUUGGAAAAUGAAGGCAAGCUGAUGGAAACAAGCAUGGGUUUCUCUUCUAAUGCUCCCACAUCUCCUGUGGUGUACCAGCUUCCCACUAAGAGUACCAGCUAUGUACGAACACUUGAUAGUGUACUAAAGAAGCAAUCUACUAUUUCCCCUUCUACCUCUUACUCUUUGAAACCUCAUUCUGUACCCCCUGCCUCUCGAAAGGCAAAGUCUCAAAACAGACAGGCAACUUUCAGUGGCCGAACUAAAUCAUCUUACAAGUCCAUUUUACCAUACCCUGUUUCACCAAAGCAGAAAUACUCUCAUAUGAUUCUGGGAGAUAAGGUUACCAAGAAUUCUUCAGGCAUCAUCUCAGAAAAUCAGGCGAAUAACUUUGUUGUGCCAACUUUAGAUGAAAAUGUGUUUCCAAAGCAGAUUAGUUUGCGGCAGGCACAGCAGCAGCAGCAGCAGCAGCAGCAGCAACAGGGAAGUCGUCCUCCAGGCUUGUCUAAAUCUCAGGUGAAGCUAAUGGACCUGGAAGACUGUGCACUUUGGGAAGGAAAACCGAGGACGUAUAUCACAGAAGAGCGAGCAGAUGUAUCCUUAACAACUCUACUUACAGCUCAA